AUGCAACGAACCGACGGCGCCAUGGAAAAGAAGGUGCGCGAAUACGCGCAGGGAGCAGUGAAGUUCAUACAAAAGAGCGGAAGCAACUUCCUGGCCUGCAAAAACCUGAGGGAGAAGCUAGAGGAAAAGGGAUUCAAGCGAAUCCAAGAAGGAGAAAAAUGGAACCUACGAAAAAAUGAAGGCUACGUAUGCAGUAAGCAGAACCGAAACAUAUGUGGCUUCUUCAUAGGUAAGGACUUUAACAUGGAGAAAGGAUCCAUCCUCAUUUCCAUUGGCCACGUAGACUCCUGUUGCUUGAAAAUAUCUCCUAACAACAACACCGUAAAAAGUAAGUUGAACCAAUUAAACGUAGAGUGCUACGGGUCCGGGUUGUGGUACACAUGGUUCGACCGUAGCUUAGGUUUGUCUGGUCAGGUAGUCUACAAGAAAGACGACAAGCUGGUGGAAAAACUCAUCCAGAUCAACAGGUCUAUCUUGUUCCUUCCCAGUUUGGCCAUCCACCUGCAAAACAGGACCAGGUUUGAAUUCUCAGUGAAGGUCAACUUUGAAAACCACUUAAAGCCGAUCCUGUCUACCGUUCUGUAUGAUCAGUUGGUGAAGGGGAAAAACAAGGGGGAAGUAAAUGCCCUCACGGAAGACGCCGUAGACAAGGAGAAAAUAUCGAACAAACGUCUUGACGGAGAUGACACCACCCCGAGUUGCCACUCCCACCAAGAAAAUUCAAACUCCUCCCCACUCCUCUACACACUAGCGAAAGAGUUGCAAUGUCAGGAAAAAGACAUCCUUGACUUCGAGCUGUGCCUAAUGGAUGUAAACGAGCCCUGCUUCACUGGGGCAUAUGAAGAAUUCAUCGAAGGGGCGAGAUUCGAUAAUCUGCUCGGUUCGUAUUGCGUCUUUGAGGCGUUUACAGAGAUGGUAGACAUGCUAAAGGGGAAAACGCAAACUACACCACCAGCAGGAGCAGCAACGGCAGGAACGGCAGGAACGGCAGGAUCCUCCUCUUCAAUGGUCCCCCCCGAGGCACACGCAAACCUCUACAUCUGUAUCGGCUACGACCACGAAGAAAUAGGCUCCCUCAGUGAAGUCGGCGCACAGUCCUACUUUACGCAAAACUUCAUCAAACGAAUUUUAACGGCCAUUUGUUCUUCCCAUGUUGGAGGGAACACACAACCCUCCUCUUCUCCUUCCUCCAUCGAUGAGCUCUAUGGAAGCCUCAUGAACAGAUCCCUCAUACUCAACGUAGACAUGGCUCACUGUAGUCACCCCAACUACCCAGAAACGGUGCAAUCAAACCACCAACUCUUUUUCCACGAAGGAAUUGCCAUAAAAUACAACACCAAUAGAAACUACGCCACCUCUCCCUACUACACAUGUCUACUAAAGAGGACCUUCGAAUUGUUCGCUUCCAACUUUAAUGAAAAAAUAAAAUACCAAAACUUCAUGGUGAAGAAUGAUACCCCCUGUGGUAGUACCGUAGGUUCUAUGGUUGCUUCGAACCUUUCCAUGCCGGGGGUUGACAUUGGCAUUCCUCAGCUAGCCAUGCAUUCGAUAAGGGAGAUCGCCGCUGUCAGGGAUAUCUACUACCUGGUCAAGGGUAUCUUGGCCUUCUACACUUACUACAGUAACGUGCAUGCUUCUUGUGUGCCCGAUGGGUAA